AUGCAAGUUAAUUGCAAAUGUGCAGAAACAUUUUCUAAUAUGGAUAAUCAGGAGAUAACUUCAUUCAAUUCAUUUAAACCAAUUAAUAAUAAAAAACAUUCUCAUUUACAGAAAAUACCUGUACAAAAUGCCUUUAGUCCUGAAUAUGAACCACCAAUAAACAACACAUAUACUGUUGAAAAAGAAGAGAUUGUGAUGUCAAAUUUUAUCAUUGAUGAUAAUGAUGAUGACAAAAUAAGUAAUAUAGCAUCACCUAUAUGUGAUGCCCCUCAACUCUACAUGUCACCGGUGUCAUCGGCAUCACCUAUAACAUCUUCAAAAAUUAUUAGUUGUGAUUCAUCACCAUUGAAAACCAGCAAAUUAAGUGCUGUAUCUCAUGCAUUCAAUAAAUUAAAGAAUAUGAUAAGUCCCAAUAAAGUUAAUGAUCAUAGUAAUAUCACUGACGAUCAACGCGAUGUUCUAUUAAUGUUACAACGUCGAAAUAACAAUAAAUCUGUUUUCACUAUAGAUAUUAAUGAGAUUCAAGAAGCCGAAAGAUCUAAAAAUAUAAUUAUCUCUCAAAAUCAUAUGGAAACACUUAGAGAAGUUAAUGCUGCAGAAAUCGAAAAGAAAGAAAAUAAAAAUAUAACAAAUGAUUUAGAUGAUGGCAUUAACAUCAAAACUCGUAAAAGAAAUCUUGAAUGGAUUACAAUUUUAAAUCUAUAUAUUGCAAAAACAAAUGAUUAUUGCGUAUUUGUGUACGAGAGGCACUAUUUUGCGACUCGAAGUAGUACAGAAAACAUGCUGCAAUUAUUUAUGAAUGCAGAUGCACAUUGUCAGUUUUCAACAUGCUCCUGUAGACUACAUGCUAUUAUAAGUGAAAAUGGAAAAUUGAAAGUUGACUAUUCGGGUGAAAUAAUUCAUGAUCCAAGUGAACUUCACUCACGACCAGUUCGUGGUAGUCAACGAGAUGAAUUGCAAAAAUAUACAUUACUUGGUAGUACGCCUAGUGCUGUACGACUUCAUCAAUUAAAGGGAAUGUCUCCCGCUAAUAAAGCAGCUGGAAACAGAAAUGCUGUAGGAUCAAGUGCAUCUGUAAUUCGAAAGAUUGCAAGUGAAGCUAAUGUUAAACUUCGUCGUGACAAAGACCUAAAUGAAAGUCUUAAACAGUUGAAGGUUGAACAAGCUACUAAAAUCUUUCCUGCUGAAUCAAUACGUGGUUAUUUGCAAGAGUUUAAUAUAGAACCCUUACGUCUCGUUUGCUUCACAGCAGCCGGUAUUGCUAUUUACAAUAAAUUUGCAUCGAGCAUGCCUCUAUCAUGGGACGCCACUGGUGGAAUCAUCGUUAAUCGUACUAGGAAAAUAUUUUAUUACGAAUUAACAAUAUCGAAUCUUAUUAAAGGUGGUCCAUCUCUACCGCUAACAGCCAUGAUUAGUGCAUCACAUGGCACUAUGGAUAUUAUACAUUGGUUAAACUGUUUUAUUGCAAAAUAUAAAGAAGCAUAUGGUUACUCAGAUGUUUUCCCUAAACCACCUGUUAUCCACAGCGAUCGAGCUUUAGUAUUUUUACUUGCCGGUAUUCAAAUAUUCAAUAAUGAUGAAACAAUGGACCGUUACAUUGAAAGAUGUUGGCGUAUUGUCAAUAAAACAGCUACGAAACGUGAUUUGGAAAUAACUGUUCUUCAUGCUUGCCUCGGACAUUUCAUGAAAAAUGUUAAACGAAAUGCUGCCAAAGAACUUGCAAAAAAACAGAUACCAUUUGGCAUGUGGUUAAUGGCCUUACUUGUGAACAGCAAUACAUUGGAUGAAAUGAUCGUUAUAUGGCGAAAUAUUUGCUUUGUCCUGUUAAGUCCAAAUCAAAAUGACCGCUUUAAAAUGGCUAUAUCGACGUUAUCAAAACUAGCCGAACAAAUGAAUGGAGAUCCAGAGAAAACCAACUAUAUUCUUCAAAAUGUCACAGUAACAUCACAUGCUUCAGUAACAGACAAGCUAAACGAACAAGCAGACGAUGAUGGUACUAAUGAUGAUGGGUUGGGAGAAGAAGAAGCUGUGGCGAAUAUGGAAUCAUCAUUUAAAGCAUUAUUUACAAGCAUCUAUCAGGAAACUAAAGAAAUUUUAAAACAUUAUAAUAAUCAACAAUGGCAAGAAUUGCCACCUAAUCCUUUAUUUUCAGCAGGAUAUUUAAUACGUCUUCUUAAGCAAUAUAUGGGUAUAGCUCCUAUUUGGAGUAACUUGCUACUCGGUAAUUUUGCUCAGCGAUAUGAUUAUUCAUCUAAUGACGUACGAACACCUUGUAUGUGUCAUGUUGGCCGCACAACCGGUGUUUCAGAAUCACAAAUGCGUGUUCUGAAAGAAACUAUUCUUCAUAAGAAAGUUUAUACUCGAGUUGACGAAGUUAUAUCCUUAAUGGGAGAAACAAUUGAGGCUAUCGAAAUUCAGUUCACUGAUUAUAUAUUUAUGAAUAAACAAAAAAAUCGUGUAUUACCUGCUAAACGACAUAAACCAGCACAAGAAGCAUGGAAUAAACGUAAGCCAACGAAGAAACAAAAAGGUGUAUAUACUUCUGAAAAACCACCAAGCAAUCUGGUUCAUAUGAUGAAUAGUCAACUGUUGAAGAAAAAUGAUGAUAUUCUCUUAGAUGCUGAACAGCCGACACAACACUUUCGAUUUGAAAAUAAAGAAAAAAAUAGUUGGUUUAACAGUGUUUGUCAAAUGGUUUUUGCAUCUAGAAAUUUAGUUGAAACAAUCACUCAAUUUGGUAGUAUCCCAGCUUCUGCUUCAGUCUCAGAUGCAAUAACUGUUACAGGAAGUAUUCUACACUCCUUCGUGACAAAAUCCUCUUAUGUUGAAGGUAAAGAUGCAGUUGUUGUUGCCGAGUCAAUAGGGCAACUACUUGGACAUCUUCGAUGGGCUGGUGUUAAAAUCUGCUCUCGUGACAAUGAGUGUGUCUUCAAAUUUUUCGUAACUGCUAUUGUAUCAACUCUGCUAUAUUACAAAGUUGAUUUACAAUUUACUCUGAAUACUUCAAUGGAAUGUUCUUCAUGUGGAAUAUCAAAAACAUAUGCUGUUGAUAGAAUGCAUGAAAUUUGGUCAAUGAGGAGCACUGCAACACAUAUCAAUGAUAAAAUGGCCAGUUUUGUUCGUAAAAAGAUUAUUUGUUCAUCUUGUCAAAAACCAGGUCUAACAAAUUCGGUUGUAUAUGACAUACCCAAAUUUCUUGUACUUAAUACCAGAAGCAAUGAUGCAGAUUGUGUUAAAUUAAUUGAUGAAGUCGAUUUAUUAUUUGUGCAACCAAUAGAUAUGUCUCUAUCUUUUGAAUAUAGUAUACAAACUGCGAUUAUUGUACUUGAAGAAGAUCAAGUUAUAUAUCUAAGAAAAAAUGGAAAUAAUUAUUUAUCUUACAAUAAAACUACUAAUCAAUUUGAAGCCAUAAUCGAUUUAACUACGCAACAAACAGGAUUAGCAUCAAAUUGGACAAUAUUCAUCUAUAAAACAGAAGCUGUUAUUUUCGAUUCACUAAAACUUGAAACUAUCGUACUUGAUCAAAGUAAUCUUCAAUCGGCACCGAACGUUGACGUGUUGUGCAUUGGUGUAGUUCAAGGUCUCCUACCUUUGUUUCCACGUCCAUUCAAAGUAAGUUCUAUACAAAUGGAGCAACGUGACAUCAACAUUUUACUUAACGAAUCUGGAAAUAUCAACGAUUUAAUUGUCAAUAGUCAUCUACGACUCAUUGCAUCCAAUGCUCCAGCAAAUAAUUUCGUUUUGGUACUAGAUAGUUUACUAGUCUCAAAUAUUCUCAGAAAGGAUCUCAAACGUUUCGAUGCUACAUGGUUUAAUUACGAUAUUAUUCUGUGCCCUAUACAACAGAAUAAUCAUUGGUAUCUAAUAAUUCUUGAUAUUAAAAAAAAAUUGAUAGUAGAAGUGGAUACCUUGUCUACGGUGGAUAUUCCACGUACUCAAAAUCUUACCCGUUUAUUACAUGUUCUUAACAUUCAGUGGUUAUUGCGUCAUAAAACGGCAAUCAACUUCGAACAGCACUGGAAACUAGCUACUCCCAUUAUAGAUAAAAAAUUCCAGCAGACUGAUGCACAUUCAUGUGGUGUGCAUCUUUUAAUUCAAGCUCGAGCAUACGUUAACAAUUAUAAAUUCGUCCAUAUUCCUCAAGACAAGAUUCGUCUAUAUCGGUAUCAACUAGCUGAAGAUAUUCUUCGACAGGCUGAACUCCUAUCAGACAGUUCUGAUUCUGAAGUAAGUUAUUAA